GGGUUUUUGCCAGGCAUAUUUUGGGUCCGGUACACGGACCCAUUCCCAAUUGAAAAUUGGCACGUAUUUUCCCAAUUUCGGUCUAUAUUUUCCCAAUUCCGGUCUGUAUUUUCCCAAUCGCUGUUAACAUAAGACAACCUAAAAAAUUGGGUUUAUACGAGCUUCCAGUCAUUAUUUUGUCAACGUUAAAAUGUUACCGUGAGUCAUCGUGUUGUUGUUGGUUUUGCGAUACGCGCAUGCGCUUGGAUAGUCUUAUUGAAGUCGUAUCAUAUCUGCGUUUGAAUCGCCCGUUUAAAGGGGAGUUUAAUGGAAAGCGUUUACGUUACGUUGACUCGUUCUAUUUACCGAUCGCGAGGUCAAAUCAAGUACGAUGUCACACAAUUCCAAAUAUUACGCAAAAAAGAUCUUGCUCAAAGAUUCAAAAGAUUUAGUGAAAGUUACGUCCUUUUUCAAACCAAAUACUGGUAAUUCCCGAUCUGAAAGUCAGGCAGCUGCUUCAAAAGAUCUCCAACCUGAAACGAAAGUUCAUUCAAGUAAAACUGAAAGUGAAACCACAGCUACAGUAACCCGUACUAGUUCUACUACACCAAAUUAUUCCCAAACUGAAAGUCAGGCAGCUUCAGACGAUCUCCAACAUGAACUGGCAAAAAGUGAAACCACAGCUACAACAGUUACACGUAAACGAAAGUUUGAGAUUGAGUGUCCGUCAUCUGACAUUGACAAUGGUGAACCUGAUUUGAAACCACCUGUGACUGAUCAACGACUCACUACUGUCAAUCAAGGUAAAUAUGAGGUAAUUUACCCUUGGUUGUACUGGAGUGUUGUUAAAAAUGGUUAUCUUUGUAAAACAUGUGAAAUCUUCCCGUUGAGUCAGGGAACUAAGCAGGACUUUGUGGAUGUGGGAAUGGUGAUGGGGGAUCAUCCUAUUAGGAAAUUGAACAAGCAUGACAGCAGCAACCGCCACAGAGUCGCAUGUGAAAAACUAGCAAAAGCCAAGUCAUCAAUGGUCAGUAGUGCAAGUCCGUCAGUUUAUACCCAGAUACUUUCAAUGAAAACAGCAAGCGAUGAUAAGACAGGACAGAGAAAUAGAGAUAUUCUGAAAAAACUGUUCCGCAUCACAUACUUCAUUACAAGGAAACAUUGGGCACAAUCAAACUUUAGUGAUGUCGUCAAGUUUAUCGCCUCAUUGGGUGUCGAGGACCUGCAGUAUCAUAUCGACAAUGCACCACCUGUGGCUCACUACAUGUCAACAUACACCGUGACUGAAUUCAUUAACAUCAUCGGAGAUGUGAUGGAACGAGACAUGCUGGAAUCUCUCAGGGCGGCAAAGUUUUUCGCACUUUUAGCAGAUGAAUCCACAGACGAGCAGACCCGGGAACAGCUGUCAAUAUUUGCCAAAUGGGUCAACGAUGAGGAGAAACCAGUAGAUCAUUUUCUGGGGAUAAUUCAGGUCGAGAGAACUGACAGCGAGACUCUAGCCAACAAAAUUCAGCAAUUUCUUUUGGCGAAGAAUGUUAACAUCACAAGAUGUCGCUUUGUUGGAUUUGAUGGGACAAACGCCAUGAGCGGCGAAAUAUCCGGUCUGCAGAGAAGGAUGAGGCACCUCUCACCUAUGUGUUUGUACAUGAAUUGUAGAAACCAUAGGCUGGCAUUGUGCUUGCGCCAUCUGAUGAAAGCAUACAAGCUGCUGGUACAGGUGGACGAGAUGCUGUUGGCUAUAUGGAAGCUGUUCCAUUACUCUCCACGCAGGUUUGAGGUAUUGAAAGGUGUGCAAGAAUUAUAUGGCGAGGAAGCCUUAUCUCCAAUUCGUGCAGCAACAACACGCUGGCUUUCCCACGGAAAAGCAUGCAUACGCUUCAUCAAUCGCUUUCAGGCUAUAACAGACACCCUUGACAUCCUGUAUCAAGAGAGACGUGAACCAGAGGUUUAUGGUUUACGUAACUGCAUCAUGCAGAAGGACUUCAUUGCUAUGGUCCUUCUGCUCUGUGAUGUCCUCCAGCCUGUCAACAGACUUAGCCUUUUUCUGCAGGAUGCAGAUUUGAAUUUUGUGAAUGUGGACAUAAAGGUUAAAGCAACAGCAAACGAGUUGGAGGCCCUGAUCCCACUGUUAGAGAACCAGGAUGCUACCACAUACUUCUCAAAGAUAGAUGAACUUUUCACUGAAAUUGAUGACAGGACCAACUUGGCAAGAAGGCAGAGAAUCAAUGCCGCACAACUUACAUCUCAGCAAUUUCUCCAAUUAACUGGAUGUCCCUUUAUUCACAGUCUAAUCAAUGAAAUUCAAGAUGCUUUUCAGUGUCACCCUGUCUUCAAAUCCUUCAAAGCCCUGGACCCAAGACAGCUACCAGACACCAUAAUAGAAAUUGGAGAUUUUGGAACGGCUGACAUUAAGAGGCUUGGUGACCAUUAUGGGACGGCAAAGGAAGAUACUUUCAAGGGGCACGUCUCAAGAUGUAAUGCUGAUCUCGACCAGAAUGGACUAGUCACCGAGUAUACAGGAUUUAAGCACCAGAUGUUUAUAUCCAGUCUCUUCUUCACCACUGUGAGUGUUCCAGCUGUGGCCCUUUUAAUUUCUGUUGAAAGCAGACUGGAGAUGUGACAGGGCCCAGUUCUCUCCUGAGUACUAUGAGACGAUCCAACAUCCUCCAGACCUGUUUUCCCAGGAUCAGUGACCUCCUUAUCCUCCAGAACAUUGUCCCCUCUUCCACUGCAGCAGUGGAGCGGGGAUUCAGUUUGAUGAAAUCCCUCUGUACCCCCCUCCGCUCCAGGCUGAACCAGAGACAGCUGGAAUCCCUGAUGAGGAUAUGCAAGGAAGGGCCUCCAGAGCUGACCGAUUUCACCCUUGACAAACUUGUUAAUGAGUUUAAGCACUCUAAAGACAGAAAAUUAAACAUUCUCUGAUUGAAAAUAAAACAAAUAUCCUGAAAAGAGAUGCUGACUUGUAUUCAUUUGUACAAAUAUUAUGAAAAGAAACAGCUAAGCUUGCAUAAUUCAUAUAUUUUUCCAAUUUUAUAAUAUAUUCCCAAAUUUGAUGAAACACCGAUGGUAUUUUCCCAAUUUGUGGAAAAUGCCGAUGAUAUUUUCCCAAUUUUUGUUUAGGGACCCUUUCCCAAAAUAGCUGGCAAAAACCCU